UGGAUGAGAUUAGAAACAAAGUAAGCUGUGAAAUGACGAUGUUGUUUGACAAUUUACAAAAUGGCGACGGCCAAGAUGACGGCAGCGUCCUCGAUCAUACAGUUUUUGACUAAAUCGAAAAGAAAGCAUUCAGAUUCCCGGGCACGGUACAAGGCACAACAGUUGAAGCAAAGUACGGCCAUUUUUCUUGAUGCGACCAUUCGAUCAACAAACAUUCAAGGACAAAAAUCUUUGAAGAUUCUCCGGCACAUUAUCAAGCAUACGGAUCGCGAAAUCCUCCAAUAUAUUCCCGAAAAACAAAUGAUUCUAGAAUGUUCCCUAGUGCUGGUUCAGGCCUACGUAGCCCAUCUCAAAUUGACCCGCAGUUUCUUCGAUCGCUUUCGCAAACAGCCGUUCGCCAGUGCGAAAAAAUGUUUCCAAUCGCUGAUCUAUCUGCUCAUUCCGGAAAUGCAGGAGAUGGUUAUCGACACCAUUCUCAAUUUUUUGCAGCGUGAAAACCUUUGGAAGGUGGAAUUUAUCUGUGUUGAAAUACUAACAAUGGUCUUGGAGUGCAAAAGUCCUGCUUCGCUACUGCUCUACAAAAUCGUCAACUACGUCGAGACCUUACUAGCUAGAAACGAUGUCCUGCAAGCUCGUCACACAGUAGUCGUUCUACAGAACAUCAUCCAGCCUCAAUACUGGGACGAAAUCAAGCACUCGGACAUGUCAAAACUACUCCGGUUCUACCACAGCAGCGCCGUCAUCGGAGAAUCCAAGAACCAAAUCUACGAACUGCGGCGAGGUUUCGAGAUAUGUCUACGCAAUCUAAUUAAGGUCAUUAAACCGAAUCAACUGAGCAGCUUGCUGAUCACCAUGCUGCCGCUCACGUUCGACACCAUUCUUUCCGACGAGGCCAUGCUCGAGUUCGGAACCACCGUGGAGUUUGCUGCAUCCACUCUGGAACUCUCAGAAAAUCCCUCUCAAGAAGAAAUCCUCAUUCAAGAAUACCUAUUAGCUUACAUCAAAUCAAGCACUGCUUCGAAAAGCAUCCUCGCCAGUCGGAUCUUUGCGAAAAUUCUCGAUCGAGGACGCAACUUUCUACAGUUCAACACCCCAAAGAUAUUCCACGAAGGAACCUACUACGACAUAGACAUCAAUCGGUACCUUCCGGCUCAGCGGCAGAUGUUCGAAACGCACCGACGGGAGUUCGAGAACGCUUUGAGCACCGCCAUAGAGUUUCACAGUCAACGGCGCACCAAUCUGGAAGUGUUCUACAACGUGAUCUGUAUGAUUCUGGUGGAAAUCCCUUGCGGCUAUACAGCUUGCGCGGUUGUCUGCCUACUGCUGGGAAUCCAACGGCGUCUACUGGAGUCUUCCAGUAACUCGCUUUACAAUCAGCAGCAGAUGAACUGCAUCCAUGCCACGUGCAUCAGCAUCAUGACACUGAUCAACUGGAUCCAUCGAGGGUCGUCUUUGACGGCCUACGUCAACACCGUGCUCAACCGGAGGUUCGAUCACGCCCCGCAUCUGAAUCCACCGCUGAAGGAGAUCUACGAGUACGCGCAGCAUCACAUCACCUGGAAUGAGGCUACGCUGUUCUUCGACGCGCUGGAGCUACGCUACGGGCUGUGGAAGUGCUUCCGGAUCAACGAGGCGAAAAAUCCGGCCCCGCAGAAGAUCUACUCCCGGCUGGGCGGGGCACCGAGAGGUGGUCGGAAGAGCAAAAGCCGGCGGCAGAAGACCGGGUUCUACCGGAUUGGGCUGUGAUGAGGAGGUUGCGAGCUGGUUCAUGAUGCGUUCAAAUGGUAACGGUGAUAACUUUGGGACUAAGGCCUUUACCGGCUAUUUCACCAAAAUUUAUAAAUUAGAAAGUGUAUGAAAUGACGUUGGUUGUUUCAAUUAAACAUUCAUGACAACAAUUCAACCAUUUAUCAUCGAUUUCUUGAAUCUCUGAAUCACUGAACGUCUUUCUGAGCUUCUCUUCGUUCUUCGAAUUAGCCUUCCAUCAUUUUCAUAUGUUUCUUCUUCAUGGUUACAUCUUCUUAGGCUGCUAUCGGUUCCGUAUCAUCUCCAACACUCCUCCUAGACGGAAACGGUCAGUCCGGCCAUCUUAGCUAACUUCUUGAUACGCAGUUUUGCCAACGGUGUUGUUAAUAAGUCUGCCAUGAGUGCAGUGGGACAAUAGAUGCAGCUUAUUUCGGUUUUCUAUGGCUAUUUUUUCACUGAUCAACAUUUUCAGCCAACUCUGAUUAUCCUUAAAAAUAGUAACUUCCUGUUCAGCAUUAAAAUCCUUCAAUAGUAGGUUCAACCAGAUUGCUUGUUGAAACGCCAUGCCGCAUAUCGGCAUGAUAUAGCUUCGUCAAACGUUUUCGGUUCAUGCGGCACGCCCUGAUGAAUCUCGUUGUUAGCAACACCGCUGAAUCCAGGACCUUGGAUACGUUCAGCAGCAUUGUCAUCGCUUAUCUGAAUAUCACUUGAACGAGUCACGGAUGCCAGUCGAGAUUUUGAUACGGGAAGACCUUUGCAAUUGAUAGAAAAAUCCUUGUACUUGUCUGGUAAGGAGUG